UUUUAUAGAAAGUGGCGGUACAAUCAUCGAAGGUGAGACAGUGAUUAAGCCAAAGAAGCACAAGAAAGAUAUCAGCGAUAAUACAAUCGAAUCAAAAGACCUGGAGGUUCAAGGAAUGACCUCUAAACCGAAGGAUCCCCGUGAGGAGCGUAUGAAUUUAGAAGAGAAAAAACGGACGAUUUUCGUCGGAAAUGCCCCACUUACCAUGGAUGAGAAGUCCUGCAAGAAACUGUUUUCACAUUAUGGCAAAAUCGAAUCGGUUCGAAUGCGAUGCAUUUUUCCAAGUAAAGAAACUGUCUCGAAGCGUAUCGCGCAUUUAUCCCUGCUUGUAUCUGUUGUAUUGCAUAUUAUACACGCAUUAUACCUUUUUCUUUUUGGACUUAGUAAUGGUACAAUCCUGGAACGGCAUCGAAUUCGAGUCGAUACUUGUACAUCGAAAGCUAAUUACGAUAGAAAACUGACAGUGUUCGUUGGAAAUAUCCCACUUGAUGCAAAUGAAGAUGAUUUGGCUAACUUAUUUGAAGAAAAUAUUGGGGAUGUCAGUUUUGUGCGGUGUGUAAAAGAUCAAUCGACCGGUAUGGGCAAAGGUUUUGCUUUCGUGGUCUUCAAGUCACCUACAUCAGUUCAGUUGGCCUUAAGUGCAACAGGAUUACACUUCCAAAAACGCGAGCUUCGUAUAAUGAAAGUGAUGAAAAAACGGAAGAUUUCAACCAAAAAGGACAGCCAAGCGGUUCAAAAUUUAACUAAGGAGCAGUCCACCAAAAUUGAUCAAUACAAGUUCUCCACUAGGAAGUAA